GUUCUGGUGUGAUGUGGUAGUCUUUCAGUAUGUCAUAGUGAUCUUCAUAAAUUAAAUUUAAAUAUAUUAUCAAGAUGAAUACGAAAAUUAUUUGUCGUUGUUUUACUAUAGUGUUUUUUUCAUUACUUACAGUCAUAGGGGGUGUAAGAGAUGGCACAAGAGUAAAGCGCUUGCGCGCCGAUAGUACUGCGGUUCGUGAGCCUGCUCAAGCGCUGGACGCACCAGAUCCAGAGUCGAAUACUGCGCCUGCGCCCACGGCCUUCAUAAAUCCUUCAGUAAAGGAAUACCUCGAAUUGGGAAUGGCGAUACCUGGUAAACCAGGGACAGAUUAUCCUGUACUAGGGGCCGUUCCUUACACCAACUUCUAUUGUGAUGAACAAGCGUAUCCAGGUUUCUUUGCAGAUAUGGAAACACGUUGUCAAGCAUGGCAUUAUUGCGACAUAGAUGGUCGCCAAGCAUCAUUCCUUUGCCCGAACGGCACGGUCUUCUCACAGGGAGUAGCGUCCUGUGACUGGUGGUUUAACGUGAGAUGUUCACUAUCGCCGGCGCUGUACCCACUCAACGCGAGGCUGUACCGACGGAGGAAGAAGCAAACACGACCCAAACCACAUAGGGUCAUAGACAAGAAGCUUAUUGACGAAAUAUUUCUGUAAAAAUAACAAUAGAACUCUGUAAAAUAAAUAGUUUAAGUAUCAUUCAUUCUCGAUACAGUUUUUUCGAUAUUAAACUCAGACUUAUGUCUUAAAUACGAAAGUCCGUCUGUUUGUAACUUCGUCACAACUGAACCAAUCGUAGUGAAAUUCCAUAAAAAUACCCUUGUACUUUGGCAAGGACAUAAACAUAUAAAUUGUAAAAAUAAUGGGCUCUAAGCGCAAAGUAAGUUUGAUGCACACAAAGUCGCGGGUACCGGUGGGCUGGCUGAUUUCUGUUAUUAUAACAUUGUUAUAUAGUUUUUGAAUAAUUUUCCAAGCUUAUACGAGUCAAGUGAUUCAAUGAGCGGAGUUAACCCUCAUUAGUUCAUACCUAGUCGCUUUAUUACCUGGAAUUUAACAUAUAUACAAAUUAAAAAGAUUUUUUUCUCAGUGUGUCACUCGCUUUCCCUUUUUUUUGUAAUUUGGAUCUGUACUUAAACGACAAUUAAUAAGAAACGACGUCAAUUAAAUUAGCCUAAAAACGAAAAAAAAUAGUAUGUAAGUCUAAACUGUAAUGAGAAAUCCAAAAACUA